UCAAACGCACCGUGAUUACUUUAGAUUUCUGGGUCAGUCAGUCCCAAUUAAAAUUCUCCCUAAUUGCCUAAUUAGCCUUAGCAGUUAGCAAGGGCCAUCUUCUAAUUUAUUUUAGAAUUAUACAAUCUGUGUUUCUGUGUGGCAAAGUGCCCUUUCCCUUCCUUUCUAGUUUCUACAGGUAUAUAAUUUAGAGCAUAGCCACCUUCAAAAAGGGGUAUUAGCCAUAUUUUACAGUCAAGCUCCUUGUUAACUCCGCACGUCUCUCUCUUUCUCCCUCCUCUUACCUCAAAUUUCAGGCCAAAACAUGUCGACUGUGAAAGUUCCUGCCCAAUGUGUGAUCAAGACCAUUCCAAAGGCAACAGCGAUGACCCCCAUGGUGAAGUGCCCUGUAUCUUUGGGGUCUGUAAAAAGUAUCUCCAAAUCAUUUGGGUUGAAAUGUUCAUCGAGCUAUAGAACUACUGCAAUGGCAGUAUACAAGGUUAAGUUGAUCGGACCAGAUGGAACUGAAAAUGAGUUUGAGGCUGCUGAUGAUGUUUACAUCCUUGAUGCAGCAGAAGAAGCAGGAGUUGAGUUGCCUUACUCAUGCAGAGCAGGUGCCUGCUCAACCUGUGCUGGUCAGCUAGAAAGUGGAGAAGUUGAUCAGUCUGAUGGUUCCUUCCUUGAUGACGGUCAAAUGGAAAAGGGUUAUUUGCUCACAUGUGUGUCUUACCCGAAAUCUGACACUGUAAUUCAUACCCACAAGGAAGGUGAUCUUUACUGAGGUGAUAGUCUGGUGUGUGUUCCUCAAAUUGCGUAGAGACCAUAUAUAUUGCGUGCUGUUAAUGGGUUGGAUGGCAGGAUCGUAGUUGUAUGAUGUAAUAAUUUCGUGGCUUUUGGUUUUAAUUUUUUUCCAUAGAUUUUGCCUGCCUUUCUUUAGUUUUGCUUCUGUUGAUCAAAGGAGUGUCCCCUAGAGUAGAAGGUAAACUCUAGUGUCAAAAGACGCAAAUAAUUUGGAAUCGCGAAAGUCAUUUACAUGGUUGUCUGA